AUGGCGACUUUCGCUACACCUCGUGGCGAACCUUUAGUUCCAAAGGAAGAUUGUUCUCCUUUUGACAUUGGGUUCGUUUAUUCUACAAUUUCCAAGGCUUCUCCGGCAGAGAAGUUUCGCUUCAUCAACAAUGUUUGGAAGCCUUCUUUGAAUUAUAGUUUUCCUGCAUCGGUUGAAGCCGCAGGAAAGCUACGAAAGUGUAGACACGAGUGGUUAGUUCGAUUCACAUGGCUUGUGUAUUCAAGGUAUCUCGAUGGCAUCUUCUGUCUUCCAUGCUGUUGUUUUGGAAUACAAUAUGGCAAAAACGCAGCGAGGCUACAGAAGCUUUUCCGAUCGCCGCUUACUUUCUGGACAACGGCUGUAACGCGACUCCAAAAUCACUCAUCCGGCAAGUGUGAAACACACAGCUUCUCUGUGGUGGCCAUGGCAAACUUCAUGGAUGUGAUGACGAGACGCACUGUGGCGAUUGACGAGCAGUUAAACCAGAUUACUUUUCGGCAGAUCCAACAGAAUCGUGAAAAGAUGAAGUCUAUUAUUAAGACUGUAGUGUUUUGUGGUCAAAAUGCAGUGGCUUUACGUGGUGCAAGAGAUGACAAUCCUGACGACGAAACUCUUCAGGGCAAUUUCCAAGCUUUGUUGGCUUUUCGUGUUGAUAGUGGAGACAAGACGCUGCAAGAACACUUUGAGAAUGCCCCUCGAAAUGCUACCUACCGUUCAAAAACAAUCCAGAACGAGAUUAUUAACACUGUUGGCAGUUACAUUACUUCAAAAAUAUCUGCAGAAAUUAAAGAAAGCAAGCUGUUUUCAGUGUUGGCAGACGAGGCAGCUGAUAUAUCCAACAAAGAGCAGCUUUCCUUAGUCCUACGAUUUGUCGAUUCAAGUCAGCAGAUUCGAGAGGAGUUUGUUGGUUUCUACCAUUGUGAAGAUGGAACCAGUGGAGUGGCAUUGAAGGAGAUGAUUUUGAAGGCUGUAGCUGACCUUGGUUUACCAAUGGCUAACUGCAGAGGUUAA